CCACUUCAUCAAAUGAUUAAUUGAUCCUGCCAAGGCUGCAGUUCGUACAACAUGUUGUUUUGUGUUCUUGCAUAACAGCCAUUUGUCUGCUCUGCUGAGGAAAGAAAAUAUUUGAAUGCUUUGCACCACUAGUUAGUUUGCUGGACUUGAUGGAUUAAAGGAAGGAUUAUAAACGCACCAGCUACUUCUGUGCCUAAGGGUCAGUUUGACCAGUCGUGUUUCUUUCAGCUCCAUGUCAAUAAAUUAGAAUAUAAUCAAAAAUUAAAUACAUUUCAGCAAAUCAGUAAGUUAAUACAUGUACAUAUAUUGAAAUGCUUAAAGUGUUCAGUUCUGGACUAUGCUUACAUCUAAUUCAAGCCAAAAUGUAUUUGAUCUCAUAAUGAGAAUAUUACAUGAAACCAAUAUAAUACAUUUCUAUUACAAAAGUAUUACAAUUUGUUGGACACAGAAUGAUUAUUAAGACAGUUAACUUGACAGUUGUCGAGUUCACUGGCGUCUAGAGGGGAUAUUAGUCACGACAGAUCAAUACUAAAAGAGAUAAUUAUUCACAGAAUUUUGUAUCUAAGCAUAUGAAUGGAAAGUAAGGUGGAAGGAAAAAUUGUGGACAAUCAGUCUCUGAGUACUACUAAAUCCUGCUGCAGUGUAUGUGUUCAGAGUCUUUGAAAUUGAAAAAGAUCAUCUUACAUGUUAUAUAUAUUAAGACAUGCAGAUUGGUAUGUCACUUAUUGAUUAAAGAAUUUUUUUUUUUUAUGAUUUUUAAUUAGAUGCAAUGAAGGUGAGCCAGAAUUGGGGAUUGAUGAAGAAACUACCUCCUCACAGUGAUGUACCUAAGUAAAUUAAUGGAAAGUUUAGUGGAAGAAAAUUUUAGAAAAUAUAGCUUCUUUACCAGUGCAUUCUUGAACCCUUGUUAGUUUGCUUAGGAUUUUGAAUAAAUUAGAAUUUCAAAAAGUUGUUUUAUUUUACUAAUUUGAUUAAAAAUGGAAAUUCAUAUAUAGGAAGGUUAAUAUAUUCCAUUUUUAUUUCUGUUUUAAUCAUGGUUCAGAGCAAGAUGAGUAAGCCGCUAAAGGUCAUUGUUAAAGAAGCUGGCUUUUCACAGAGCCUUUUAUCCCAGCAAAUUAGUGGAAAAUUAGGUGGAAGGAAAAAUGUGGAAAUUCCUUUUCACACUUUUUUAGGUGAACAUUUAAGACAUUUUUUGCAUCCUUUAACAUUUAAUUAUGACAUAAGCAUGAAGUUAUAGCUCACUGUACCCAUAGAUUAACUUUGUGUGAAAACAGUCCAAAUGAUGAUCAGCAUUCUUUGUUUUUCUUCUGCUUUAGUUUUGUAGUCACAUACUGAAGACUGAUGGAGAGUAUAUAUCCAAUUAAGCUCGCACCGCGUCUACAGCAGCAGCUGCUGCUACCACUAACCUCCUGGAAGUGUUUGUGGAUGGAAAGUCUGUCAUGGUGGAGCCAGGAACCACUGUGUUGCAGGCAUGUGAGAAGGCAGGGAUGCAGAUUCCCCGUUUCUGCUACCACGAGCGCCUGUCAGUUGCUGGAAACUGUCGCAUGUGUCUUGUGGAAAUAGAGAAAGUUCCCAAGCCUGUGGCAGCCUGUGCCAUGCCUGUCAUGAAAGGCUGGAAUAUCCUUACCGACUCUGACAAAACAAGGAAGGCGAGAGAAGGUGUGAUGGAGUUCCUACUGGCUAACCACCCUCUGGAUUGUCCAAUUUGUGAUCAAGGAGGUGAAUGUGAUCUCCAGGACCAGUCCAUGCAGUUUGGCAGCGACCGAAGCCGCUUCACAGAGGGCAAAAGAGCAGUGGAAGAUAAAAAUAUUGGACCCCUUAUAAAAACCAUCAUGACCCGUUGUAUCCAGUGCACUCGCUGCGUGCGCUUUGCCAGUGAGAUUGCAGGUGUGGAGGACCUCGGCACCACCGGCAGAGGCAACGACCUCCAGAUUGGGACUUAUGUGGAGAAGAUGUUCAUGUCGGAGUUAUCUGGCAACAUUAUUGAUAUAUGUCCAGUUGGAGCGCUGACGUCCAAGCCUUACGCUUUCACUGCUCGUCCUUGGGAGACCAGGAAGACUGAGUCUAUUGAUGUUCUGGAUGCUGUGGGGAGUAACAUAGUGGUGAGCACUCGUGGUGGGGAAGUGAUGAGGAUUUUACCCCGUCUUCAUGAGGAUAUAAAUGAGGAAUGGAUCUCAGAUAAAACCAGGUUUGCUUAUGAUGGUCUAAAGAGACAGAGGCUUACUCAGCCAAUGGUGAGAAACAAAUCUGGGGAUUUGGUCCCGACAUCGUGGGAAGACGUUCUGACCCGAGCGGCUGGAGCGUUGCAAAGCGUCAAAGGAAGCGACAUUGCCGGUGUUGUUGGAGGUCUGGUGGAUGCAGAGGCUCUCGUUUCCCUGAAAGACUUGCUGAACCGUUUGAAUAGUGAUGACCUCUGCACUGAGGAAUUGUUUCCGAUGGCUGGAUCUGGAACUGAUCUGCGUUCCAAAUAUCUGCUUAACACUAGCAUUGCUGGCAUUGAAGAGGCUGACGUGCUCCUGCUUGUGGGCACCAACCCUCGCUAUGAGGCUCCUCUCUUCAAUGCACGCGUCAGAAAAAGCUGGCUUCACAAUGAGCUGCACGUAGCUCUAGUGGGCAAGAAAGUGGACCUAAGUUACACUUAUGAUCAUCUUGGAGAGUCUGCCAAGAUCCUGAAAGAAAUUUCAUCAGGAACACACCCUUUCUCUCAGGUUUUGGCUCAAGCAAAGCGCCCCGUUGUUGUAGUUGGCAGCAGCUGCCUGCAGAGGGAGGACGGGGCUGCGAUAAUGGCUGCUGUGUCAACUAUUGCUAGGAAUGCUGGGGUCAGCAGCGGCCUGCAGGGAACCUGGAAGAUUCUCAAUGUGCUUCAUAGGGUUGCUAGUCAAGUGGCAGCACUUGAUCUGGGAUACAAGCCAGGUGUUGACUCAAUCUUGAAGAAUCCACCUAAAAUUUUGUUCUUACUUGGGGCUGAUGCCGGCUGCAUCACUCGCCAAGACCUUGCAAAGGACAGCCUGAUAAUUUAUCAAGGUCACCAUGGUGAUGUGGGUGCCCCGAUAGCUGACAUCAUACUCCCUGGAGCUGCAUACACAGAAAAAUCGGCUACCUAUGUGAACACAGAGGGCCGUGCCCAGCAGACCAAAGUUGCUGUGACUCCUCCCGGCAUGGCCAGGGAGGACUGGAGGAUCAUCAGAGCCAUAUCUGAGCUUGCUGGAGUGACUCUGCCUUAUGACAGUCUUGAUGAAGUACGUGACAGACUGGUUGAGGUUUCCCCUAAUCUGGUUCGAUACGAUGAACUUGAGGAGGCCAACUAUUUUAAGCAGGCUAAUGAACUGUCCAAGGGAGUGAACCAGGCAGUGCUCACUGAAAGCUUAGUUCCCCCACAGCUUACUGUGAAGGACUUUUACAUGACAGAUCCCAUAAGCAGAGCCUCCCAGACUAUGGCAAAAUGUGUGAAAGCUGCCACAGAGGGAGCCCAAGCUGUGGAAGAGCCAGCCAUUUGCUGAAGCACAAUGAAUAGCCGUCAAAUGAUACGCACAACUUCUACACUUGCACUUUUCUAGAUGGAUACUUUUUUGCACAUCACUGUAGAUGUUCUGUAAUGGAAUGUCAUUGUUUAACCUUUUUGUCUGCAGAGUUUAUAAUAUCACCUCAUAUUUGAUAGAUAUCCUGAAAUCUAUAAGGUAAAAAGAGUAUAUAGUUUAAGUGUAUAUUUUUUUUGAAAAGUGUUCAAAAUAAAUAAACUGAAAUUGGUAGAAAGUC